AUGGACGCCGCGCAGAAGCAGAACAUCGGAUCAAUCGGUGGAGAUGACCGGAGAGUGAAGUGCCCCUGCCCUAGGUGCCAUUCUCUCGACACCAAAUUCUGCUAUUACAAUAACUACAAUUACUCCCAACCACGCCACCUCUGCAAGACCUGCCGCCGCUACUGGACCAUCGGCGGUACCCUCCGCAAUAUUCCGGUCGGCGGUGCAACCCGAAAAUCCAACAACUCCAAAUUGAAACCGAAGCCAGCUGCAAUUGUUGGGUCCAAGAAUAGCGCCGCAAACGCCACCGGUGCGCUGUCGGAUGAAUCGAGAUCUGAUCUCACGACGCCGUUUAAGUUGAGUGAAGAAGUAGCAGCUGAUUACUACGGUUGGAUUCAGAGUCAAGGCCGGGGGAUCGCGGUGGGGCCUGCCGAUCCGACGGCGCAGAAAAGGGGGAGGACUGGCGAGGGAUUUGGAUCGUUGGAUUUGUCAAGUGGUGGUGAUCAAAUUCAAAAUGAAGGAAUGCUCGAAAUUUGCAGCGGCGCCAUGGAAAUGGAUGAAGCUUCCUGGUUCGAACACUGCGGAUUAACCACUCCUUUCGACAAUUAA